AUGGUUCACUCAGCUGCGUCUUCUCCAUACAUACUCUCGCCUAAUGGCACACAUUACAUUCUUAACCGUCCGAUCGAGAAGUCAGAUAACGAUGAUCGAACUUAUAGGAUAAUCAAAUUGAAAAAUGACUUAGAGGCAAUGAUUAUCCAUGACGAGAAAACGGAUAAGGCUAGCGCUGCUUUGGACGUGCAUGUCGGAAGUGACAGUGAUCCGAUUAAUCUCCAAGGAUUAGCUCAUUUUUGUGAGCAUCUAUUAUUUAUGGGGACGGAGAAGUAUCCCAAAGAAAAUGAAUAUAGUGAGUAUUUGGCCAGGCACACAGGAUCCUCGAAUGCAUAUACAGCACCCGAUAGUACGAAUUACUACUUUGAAGUUGGCGGAGACCACUUGGAGGGCGCUUUGGAUCGAUUCUCUCAGUUUUUCAUCAAUCCGUUAUUUGACCCGAGCUGUACAGAGCGCGAGUUGCGAGCUGUUGAUUCAGAGAACAAUAAAAACCUCCAAGACGACAUGUGGCGUCUAGAUCAAUUGGAAAAAUCUUUAUCCAAUCCAAACUAUGUGUACCACAAGUUUGGAACAGGCAAUUCCGUAACGUUGCGCGAUCAGCCUCUGAAGGAGGGUAUCGAUGUUAGGAAAGAGUUACUGAAGUUUCACGAACAACAUUAUUCGGCCAACCUGAUGAAACUCUGCGUCCUUGGAAAAGAACCACUGGACGUCUUGACGCAAUGGGUAGUAGAGAAUUUCUCCGACAUACCAAACAAAUCGCUUCCUAUUCCCGUAGCCGAAGGAAGCGCGUUAACAGAAAAUGAAUUAUUGAGAGUAACGUUUGCCAAGCCGGUAAAGGAUAUUCGAUACGUGGAAAUUGUGUUUCCAUUUCCUGAUCAACAUUCCUUCUUCAGAACAAUGCCUGGCCGAUAUUUGAGCCAUUUGAUUGGGCAUGAAGGAAGUGGGUCUAUUCUCUCUUUACUUAAGAAGCUGGGAUGGGCAAAUAGUCUUUUCAGUGGCUCGUAUAAUGUUUCAGUCGGAUGCGAAUUCUUUAGGAUACAAGUUGAUUUAACCGAAGAAGGGUUGAACCAUUACGAAGACGUUGUUAAAGUUGUGUUUCAAUACAUUGAUACGUUGAAGAGAGAAGGUGUCAAAAAGUGGAUAUUUGAUGAGAAUGCCUCGUUAGCUGCUAUUAGCUUUCGCUUUAUCGAAAAAUUCACAGUGAGCAACUAUACAUCUUAUGUUGCUAACUGCAUGCAGAGACCUUAUCCCAGGGAAUGGAUUCUGAGCGGACCGUAUUUGAUUCGCGACUGGGAUCCUGCACAAAUCGAAGACGCGUUGAAUUGUUUACGGAAAGAUCGGUUUAUACUCAUGGUAGUUGGAAAAGCGCUGGAAGGUUUGGAUCAGAAAGAGAAAUGGUACGGAACUGAAUAUUCAACUAGGAAGAUCGGUGAGGAUUUUUUGAAGGAUUUGAAGAAUAUACCUGCGAAUCCUGGGUUGAGUUUACCACUGCCUAACGAUUUUAUACCGGAGAACUUUGAAACGCAUAAGCAGACUGAUAUAACGCCCGCCAAGCGUCCGACACUUAUCCAGAAUUCACGGUUAGCUCGUGUAUGGCACAAGAAGGAUGAUAAUUUUUGGGUUCCUAAAGUGAAUUUAUAUUUCAUGUUCCGGACUCCAUCAGCUUAUAUGACUCCAAUCCACUGCGUAAAGACACGCCUUUAUACCGAUUUAAUUCGUGAUGCAUUGACAGAGUAUGCUUAUGUAGCGGAAGUCGCUGGGCUAUCUUACUCUAUAUCGAACGAGGUCGAAGGCGUCUGCUUGAGGGUCGAAGGAUUCAACGACAAAGUGCAUGUAUUUUUAGAAAAAAUAGUUUCGUUAAUGAGAAACUUUAAGGUGGAUCCUGAACGUUUUGUGUUGAUUAAAGAGCAACUGGAGCGUUAUUAUCGUAACUAUUCAUUGGAACCACCAUACAACCAUGCAUUGUAUUAUGUUCGGUAUUUAACAGAAGAAUUAAAAUGGACCCAAGAAGAGAAACUGGACGUUUUAGAGCCUAUUACAGCUGAAGACGUCCAAUCAUUUUACCCUGAAUUGCUUGGCCACCUCCAUAUUGAAACCAUGAUUCACGGAAAUAUGUCUGAAGAUGAAGCCUUGCGAGCUGUCAAGACCGUCGAAGAUAUUUUAGCAUUUAAGCCAUUAAUUCCGUCGCAGAUGAUCAGACGUCGCCCGCUUCUGUUGCCUGAAAAUGGACAUUUUGUCUAUCAACGUAAAGUUUUUGACGAAAAAGAUGUCAAUUCUGCUACCGUGUACUAUAUCGAGGUUGGAAAGGCGCUAGACGUCAAGCUUAGGGCGCGGCUGGCUUUACUGGCUCAGAUUGCAGAUGAGCCAUUUUUCGAUCAGCUGAGGACGAAAGAGCAGUUGGGUUAUCUGGUCAGCAGUAGAAUGCGCAAUGACUAUGGCAUUAUUGGCAUGGAAUUUAUUAUUCAAAGUGCAAAAGAGGCAGUACAUUUGGAGAACAGAAUAGAGGCUUUUCUGUCGAAACUUCAAUCUAUAAUUGAAAUGAUAUCCGAAGAAGAAUAUCAGAAACACGUACAAUCUUUGAUAACGAAGAAACUCGAAAAGGACAAGAAUAUAGGCGAAGAGAGUCAGCGAUACUGGGGAAUUAUCUGGAAAGGAUUUUAUGAUUUCUACCAAGUCGAUCAGGACGUGGCAGAACUCAAAAACGUCUCCAAGUCAUCCCUUCUUGACUUCUUUAAUGCAUAUAUACAUCCAUCCUCCAAGAUCAGAAAGAAACUUUCUGCUCAUCUAUGCUCGCAAAAUCCUACUCCAUCAUCACCUCAUUCCAAGACAUUUGGUAUUAAUCAAUUGUUCAGCUGCCUUCAGUCACAUUCACUGACAUCUAAGAUAACCCUAGAAGAUCUUACUAGCAAUCUGGAGAACAAAAACUUUGGGUCCUCUGAUGGUCAAGAUGCGUUGAGAAAGUUCCUUGCUGAUAAAACUAAAGCAGAUGACAAGGAAAUUGAAGAAGUGAUAAAGAAUAUCAAUCAAAACCUUGUCAAUGGAGAGGAUAGUAAGACCAAAGUUGAUCAAGAAGUAGCCAAGGACAGUGACGAGACGUUAAGGGACAAUUCCAUAUUGUCGGAGAAGAAUGUAAUCAUCGAAGAUUUGACGGCAUUCAAGAGUAAUAUGAAAUUAGGCCCGGCUCCGACGACCACAAUACCUUUUGAAACGUUGUCCAACAGUGAAAUUAAGAAUUAG